CCACUGAGACUCAUGGCCCAGCCAAGCUGACACACAACCAUCACAGCUAGCUAGGUAGCAAGUAUUUCUGACUCUGCUACUAAUUCACUGAUUCGUUAUGUCACCUUUUCGGAGUCCCUGUGGGGAAGUAGAUACAAUUACGUAUUCCAGUGGUAGUAAUGAAGCAUUUGUGUUCAUAAAGUAAUCUCAGAGUUUAUUAAUAAACUUGCUUUUCCCACUUUAUGAAAUGUAUUUUAUAUACACAAUUAGGAGUGAUUAGAAAACCCUCUGAUUAAUGCGUUUAGUGGGUGCCAAUUACGGGCAAAGCUCCAGUCUUUGAUAAAUACAGAGAAGCAUUAGGAUGUAUGGUCCUUACUGUCAAGAGCUGUACAGUCUGAGGAGUUAGACAUAAACACACAAAUAUUACUAUAUGUGAGUUAAAUAAUACUGGUAUAUGGGACAAAAAUGAAAAGAUGACAUGCUAAUAUGUGAUUGAUUAAUUGCCCACUGAGUAUUUUAGGCAAUAGAUACCAUGAGCUCAGAUCAAACGAAACAUAUUAUGGCAGGAGGUAUCUGAAAAGGCUUCAUCUCAGAAGUAUAUUCUGAAUAAGGCCUUGAAGGAUACGUAAAAUUUAAAAAGACAGAAAGGAGAGGGAAAGACCUUCCAGUUAAGGAGGAAUGGCACUAUAAAUAUCAGACAUUUUCACUGUGCUGUAAUCAUUAAUUAGCAUGGUCCUAGGCCUAAAACAAUUAGGUCAAAUCUAUUUAAAACAAAAAUUACAAGUCCCCAGCCCUACAUUCUUCAUACUACCAUGUUUACUGGGUAGUAUAAUAGUAGUAGUGGUGGUAGCAGUAGAAGUAAUAGUAAGCGAAUAUUAAAUGCUUUGUAUGUACCAGGCACUGUGCUUAAACACUUUUUACCCAUAUCAUCUCCAUUCAUUCUUCAGUGACCUUAUGACCUAGGAGUCAGGGGCUAUCCAUUACCUCUUAUGGAUGAGGAAGUGGAGACUUUGGGAACUAAAGUAACUUGCCCACAGUCACACGGAGUAGUGGAGUCAGGAUUUACAUGCAGGCAGUUUGGUUCCAGAGCUAGCAGGCAAUACUGCCGUGACACUAAAUGUGGAAGGAGCUAGUGAAUUUGUUUUUUAUGACCUGUAGACUUCUGUAAUCUGUCUGUGUGGCUGCUGUUUUAGCAUUCUGGCAAUCCCUGGUUAUUAGCUGGAGUGGUUUGUAAACUCUAGAAGGCUGCAGAGUGAUGAACUAGUAGUCUGUUCCUAAUGAGGCUUUGCUUUUAACAUGAUAGCUUCUGUAGUUGCUCGUGAGCAGAGAUAAUGGGGGUAAUCUGUUCUGUAAACAGCUGAGUAAUGACCUUAAACUUCCAUAUUCACAGCUGAAAGAAAACAUACAUAUGCAAUUUUCUUCUGAUGAAACCUAAUCUGUUCAAGAAACAAAUGUUCAUUGCUUUUUGGGUGGACAGGGACAUUGAGAAUAAUUUUUCCCACCUUAGUGACUGGGCUAGUCAGUACUGCAGCUUAUUUUUUUGGUUCAGUUACUUUGAUGUGGUUAUAAGACGUAGUUAGGCUGUUAUGUUUUUCAUCCAUUUUAAUAAGUUGUAUUUCUAUGGUUUGUGUGUGAUGUAAUAUACUGUUGACACGAAAUAGUCCUUUUUUGGUAAGAUGGCAUGGCUGGCUCAACAGAUUAGGAUACAGAAAGUAUGACUUAGCAUGCUGGUUGGGCCUCAGAAACCUGAGCAAGUCACCUCAGUUUCUUGUCCUGCAGAUAGAGGUAAGUGUUAGCCUGUCUGUGUCAGAGGGUGGUUUGGGCUUUAAAAGGAUUGUUAAUCUCAGUGUAGGGACACUUGGCUUGGGGAACAUCCUUCAAGAGGAAAUGUAUCUACUCCAAAACUUUGAGAUUUUAGGAAAGAAAGAUGGCUCAACCUACUGGGAGAAGUUUUAUGCAAGUAUUAUGUGAAAAAUACAGUCCUGAGAACUUUCCUUACCGCCGUGGUCCUGGUAUGGGAGUCCAUGUCCCAGCCACACCUCAGGGCUCCCCUAUGAAAGAUCGCCUCAACCUCCCAAGUGUACUCGUAUUGAACAGCUGUGGAAUAACCUGUGCAGGAGAUGAAAAAGAAAUUGCUGCCUUCUGUGCUCACGUAUCAGAACUAGAUCUUUCUGACAACAAACUCAAAGACUGGCAUGAGGUCAGUAAAAUUGUGUCAAAUGUUCCCCAGUUGGAGUUUCUAAACCUGAGUUCCAACCCUCUGAAUUUGUCGGUUUUAGAAAGAACAUGUGCUGGGUCCUUCUCUGGGGUUCGCAAACUUGUCCUCAACAACAGCAAAGCUUCUUGGGAGACAGUCCACACGAUACUUCAGGAGUUACCAGAUUUGGAGGAGCUUUUCCUGUGCCUUAAUGACUAUGAAACAGUGUCUUGUCCUUCUAUUUGCUGUCAUUCUCUUAAACUACUACAUAUAACAGACAAUAACCUCCAAGACUGGACUGAAAUACGGAAGUUAGGAGUUAUGUUUCCUUCCCUGGAUACCCUUGUCCUGGCCAACAAUCAUUUAAAUGCUAUUGAGGAGCCUGGUGAUUCACUGGCAAGGUUAUUUCCUAAUCUACGGUCCAUCAGCCUUCAUAAGUCAGGUUUGCAUUCUUGGGAAGACAUUGACAAACUAAAUUCAUUCCCCAAACUUGAAGAAGUGAGGUUAUUAGGAAUUCCUCUUCUGGAGCCAUAUACCACUGAGGAGCGAAGGAAGUUGGUGAUAGCCAGAUUGCCGUCAGUUUCCAAACUUAAUGGCAGCGUUGUUACUGAUGGUGAGCGAGAAGAUUCUGAGAGAUUUUUUAUUCGUUACUAUGUUGAUGUUCCACAGGAAGAAGUGCCAUUCAGGUAUCAUGAACUGAUCACAAAAUAUGGGAAGUUGGAGCCUUUGGCAGAAGUGGACCUAAGACCCCAGAGCAGUGCAAAAGUAGAAGUCCACUUUAACGAUCAGGUGGAAGAAAUAAGCAUUCGUCUGGACCAAACAGUUGCGGAGCUAAAGAAACAAUUAAAAACUCUAGUGCAAUUGCCCACAAGCAAUAUGCUUCUCUACUAUUUUGACCAUGAAGCGCCCUUUGGCCCAGAGGAAAUGAAGUACAGCUCUCGGGCAUUGCAUUCCUUUGGCAUUAGGGAUGGAGAUAAAAUUUACGUGGACUCCAAAACAAAAUAACCUCUACCAGCCUUGUAAAAACACAUAUAAGGACUUCUUGCAGGGCAUUUCUUUCCAAUGUGGUUUUCUUUAGGAGGGAGAAGGUUGUUUUUGUUUGUUUUGUUUAGGUUUUGGGGGCUUUUGUAUAUUUUCCCCCUAGGAUGGGUAGGGGGCUGUUUUGGUAUUUUCUGGUACAGAUUUCUUUGGCUGAGCCAGCAGAAUCGGCCAGGUCUCCAGUCCAUGUGCUUUCCCUAUGAAAGAAAUAACUAAGAAAUCACCGACUUCCUACUGUGCUCACAGGAUUUGUCUGACACUUGGUUAUCAUUACCAUUUAGGUACGCCUGUGAAGAUAGCAUGAACAGUAUAUCCCCUCAGAAGGGUGUCUUAUAGUAUUUAAAUCAGGAAAUGAGGACUGUCUACAGGAGGGGCCAGCACUUCUUUCUCCUGUUCCUCCUUUUUCCUCCCUCUCCCUCCUUUUCCCUUUUGGUUCAGUUUUUUGACUUGCGUCAACACAUGUUUACCUAAUAGUUUUAUUCUAUCUAUAAUUAACUUCUCAGCUUGGGUGAGUUUUCUUAUUUCUCCCUUUUGAAACAAUUUAAAGUGUUUCAAGCAUUUCUCAACCUGAUUCUGAUCUCAGGUACUCGGUAAGAACCUAUAUAACUCUGUUAGAACCUUAGAGAGGAGUAGCUGGAGAGUUAAAACUCCAGGAAAAUGUGUUGUUAUUCUGGAAGCACAGGCAGAGCUGUCUCAUUUCUUUGUAUGUUACUAUCUCAAUUUACUGUUCCUCACAUAUUAUACCAACCAUUGCUUCAGUAACAUGUAAUAUUUUAAACUUCAGAGUUCCUUUUUUUGUUUGUUUCAGUGAAUAUAUUUCCUCAUAUGUUUCUUUUUCAUUACUUACAACUAUUGAAAAUAGAGGCCUGACUUUAUGGAGAAUCCAAUAGAGUAAUGGAUAUCCGUGCCAGGAGGGUUGGAAUUAGCUAAUAAACUGUAUGUGGCGUGUGUGAAGGAGUGAAGUGGGGGAAUAUGGGAGGAAGAGUGUACCAACUCUCUUGCCUUUGUCAUCCAUCUGAAGUCCCCAAUCUUGCACUUUUCAUUAGAAGUGGGAAAUUCUAAUCAAGGGAGCUUUGAUUCCCAGUUCUUCCCUGGGAUUUUGUGAUGUCAUAAUUGAGCAAUUCUUUGUUUUACAUUUCAAUUUAGUUGCCCCAAUAGAAAAACAUUUCUGCCUAAUCUAUGAGUAAAGUGUUAGUAUCAAAACUUCAGAAUUUUUUUGCAAAAGCGUAUUUAAAGCACUUUUUCUUUUAAACCUCUCUGAAAUCUUUUGGUUUGUUCUAUUCCCUUGUUAAUCAGAUGCAGUCCCGUUCUUUAAUAUGUAUCUUUCUUGGUCAACCAUGUUGACAGGUGGAAGACUUGAGAAAUAGUUAGCUUAACUGGGGCAGAAGUUGUGCCCAUGAAGUAUUUUUCAAAGAAUGUGAUCAUUAGCUGAUUGCAUUUGACAUUUUGACCUUUGUUACAUGAUUGCACCCCCCCCCCCCAAGUUCUUUAAUUUCUUAUAGAGAUUUUGGAUGAAUCAUAAAUUCUCACGUAUGGGGAGUUGGAUUUAUUAUUGCUACGUUUUUAUUUUCCUGUGCCAUAAUGCAGAUGUUUAUUCUCUUAAUGCACUUCAGGUUCAUUAUCUGUAAAGCCUUUGACUCAGGCCUAUGAGUCAAACUACAUUCACUGUAACAUUAAAGGUGGAAACCAAAGGGUUUGAGAAAGAUGAAUGAGGCCCAUUCUUCUGCUGCAAACUUUAUCUUUCAGAAUCAUAAAAAUGAGCAAUGGAGAUCCAGGCUGGGUAUAGACGAGAAUAAUUAUUUUGCAGUCACAGUUUCCUGACAGAUUUUUGGAAGUGAGAAAAAAGUGGCAACAGUGUCGUGAAGAUUAAAACUGUGGGUGCUUUGUGUAUGUGUGCGUGAGUGCAGACGAAUUUGAGAGAGAAACAGUGUAAUUGAGCCUGUUGCUGUUACCAGCCUGGGAAACAGAUGCACUCUUAUUUUUUGAGGUUGUAUGGCCCCUGACUGUCCCACAGCAAAAGGCAGAGCAAGCACUUAUGUUAUGCUUUAAUCAUAGGUAGAAUGGUCAUAAUUAAUAAGAUAUUUUAUAUAUGACAAAGUUUUAUGAAAUGCCUUUUUACUGUUGGAGACCUGUUUCUUCUGUUGUUAUAGAACACAAUGUUCAUCAACUACAGGCAUACUUUUGUUAUGCAGUUGCAUGUAAGGGCAACUUCUGAUUUCAUUCAGUGGGUAUUUUUAGAGCAUUGUAAUUGAUGGUUUUAAUAAUUGCUGAAUAGUUUUUGAUUAAGAAAAAUCUCAUACAAUUACAGGUCUUUUAGAGUUAUAGAACAGCAGUAAAUGAGAAAAGCUAUUUGAGCAUGUGUGCUUGUAUAUUCAUUGGGUGGCUGAGUAAAGAUGCUGCUUUUGAAAUAAAAUGGGUGCUGUGUAGACACUUGUAACCAAAAUUAUUUUUAUAGCAGGCUUAAAAGAAGGAGAGAAGAGACCAUGGGCCUUUGAGUCUACAAGUUAUGUAUAACUGUUUGACUGCAGCUUAUCUGUAUUUUAAUAUGGACUUUGUCCAGAUUCAAUGAGAACAUAUUAUUGACAUUUAUGAGGGCGAAUGCUGCCAUAGCCAGUAUUACAGAUAUGUUUGCUACAGGCACAGUGUAUAGAUCAUAACUUUUCUAAAAUAGACAUUCUUUUCAGUUAUGAAAAAGGCAAAGAGUAGUGAAAGAAAGCCAAAUCAAAACCAACGGAUCCUUUUGUGCAUGUGGGCUGCUGAAGCCUCAUUGAAAAUCAGUUUUUGAAUUUGAAUUGUUGAAAUAUCCCAAAUUGCGUUAAAGAAAAAACAGUCCAGAGUCAUAUGUCUUUUAUCAUUAUUGAAAGUUUCUGUUGUUUCUGCAACCUAUUGCCACCAUGGCCAUAAAUACAUAAUAAAGCAGCGGAUAUAAUAACCUCUUGUUUUUUUAAGACCUUUUAGUGAAAAUUAAGCCCAAAACAUAAUUUGAAUUAUGCGUAGCAGGGAUGAAUGCUAUGAAGCUGUGUUUUAAAAUGUUUACUUUAAAAAAGUGAAAGUUCAGUCCUAAGCAGAUGUUUCCGCUAUGUUGCUAAAAAGCAGUGUUACGAACAGAGAACACUGGUUGCGCAGGUUGCUUGCUGAUCACCACCUGAGGCACACCGCCAGUAGCUUUCUCCAGUGCACUUGUGAGUUGCAGCUUGCUACAUGGGAAGUGCGAGGCUCCAGGCCAUGUGAAACAUGAAUACAGAUAACUAGAUUGUUCUCGGCAGUGUCGUUUCUGUUUAUGAAUUUGAUUUUUCCCUUCAUGUUAGAUUGAAAAUGCAAACUGCUUUCAAGACCACCCAGAAGCUGUGUUACCAGACCUGUUUUGAACACUACCAUUUUCAUAGGUGCUUCCUUAAAAUAUAUGUCCAUUGUAGUGACGGAGAGGGACUGGACUCUCUCAGGCUCUUUACUUGCCAGUUGUCUCCUGCAGUUAAUGGAAAUAUAUAUAUAUUUUAUUUUAGAAUAUAAUUUAAACAUGAAGGUCUAUACUUUGCACUUUUUAUUAAUAUAUAUAGAUAAUCUUUAAAAAAUUAAAGAUCCAAGUCCAUUUUCUCUUUGUGUUCUGCUUUUUUUUGUGGAGUGGGAGUCAAGGUUUUAUGUUUAUUUUUAUAUAGCUAAAAAUUGACAUUGGUUCUGAGGUUGAAUUCUGUGAGAGAUUGACCUCAGCUGUAAGAGUAUGACCAUUUUGAUAGAAAUUUUGCCAAAGUUAGAAAUGAAAACUGCCAAAGAAGGAGUCAUAGGAAAUGUGUUAUUGCUUUUUUGUUGGCAAAAUGUUAUACUUCUAACCUGCUCUCGGUAUUAGGGUUCUCUAGAGGAACAGAACCAACAGGAUAUAUAUCAAAUAGAAUUAUUUUAAAGAAUUGACUUCCGUGAUUGUGAGGGCUGACAAGUCCAAAAUCUCUUGGUUAGGUGGCAGGCUGGAAACUCCAGCAGGAUGCCUGUGUUACAGUCUUGAGGAAGAAUCCUCCCUUAAGAAACCUCAGUGUUUUGCUCUUAAGGCCUUCAACUGACUGGACAAGGUCUGCCCACAUUAUGGAGGGUAGUCUGUUUUAAGAUCAACUGAUUUAAAUGUUAAUCACAUGUAAAUAACUUCAUAGCAACAUCCAGACUAGUGUUUGACCAAACAACUGGGCACCAUACCUAGCGAAAAAAACCAAAACCAAACCCGUUGCUGUUGAGUAGAUUCAACCUCAUAACAAUUCUAUAGAACACGGUAGAACUGCCCUCUAGGGUUUCCAGGGAGUGGCUGGUGGAUAUGAACCUGCCAACCUUUUGAUUAGCAGAUGAGCUCUUAAGUACUACACUACCAGGGCUCCAUAUACCUAGCCAAGCUGACACAUAAAAUUAACCAUCGCGCACUCUAUGCUAAUUUUUAAACUUCUUUUUGAGAUAUUUGGCAUUCCCUUUUUUGAGUAAGAUUGAAAAUUUCAUUUUGGUGAAACAAAAAUUUUCCAAUUCUUAUUCAAGAGAUCCUUUUUUCCUUUAAACUGUAAUUUUCUUUCAUAAUUAGAGUUUUGGAUAUUUGAACCAUACCUGCUUAUCAGUAAUUUCUUGGUAAACUGUUAUGAACCAAGAAUUAAGGUCCAAGGAUUGUAUUUAUCUCUGUAGUUAGAAGACAGAAUCCAUUAACUUCUCUGUCAGUGUUUCAGAAGUGCCUACAUGUCAUGAUCUGUUUAAAUUUAAGAUGAUUUCUACCUCUUAUUCAAAUUUCAAAGAAUUAUGAUAAUUUUAGCUUCUUUGCUAAAAUUCUAUUUAAUCACUAUUGUGAGCUUCUCUGAGUACUUGCAAGGUAGACAUAUAUCAAGACAUCCAAUACCCAUACAACUGGAAAACACUGCAACUUCCACCAGUUAUUAGAAUGCAUGUAAAAUAAGAAGGUUGACCUUUGAAGUCACAUUUCUUUCUGCAGCUCCUCUCUGGAAAAGAAGUUACCUGUGUUCUCUCACUUAGGCUUAGAACUCCAGAAUUCAAAUGUAACCGGAUAAGUUUUAAAACAAAUAUAGGUCAUUGUAGAUAUUAACAUGAGUUAUCCAUCUACUUUUAGGUUUUUAAUGUAACUAAGGUUUCAGAAUUGAGUUAAUCGAUGAAGGGAAUAACAUAUUGGAUCUCAAAAAUAUAAUGAAUUUCUAAUGUUGAUACCUUUUCUUCAAAAUUUUGAAACUAACAUUAGAAAUGUUUAGCUAUUUUUUCCUUUUUUAAAACUGCUCUAUUAAAUAUUCCAAUGGUGGCCUGUAUAUGAAUGUGAUAUACAUAAACAUAUACUAGCUUCCCACCUUACUCUGGACUAAAGAAAACAAUAACACAGUAUUGGGCUUUUUACUAAUAAAGUUUUGGAUUAUUCUGCUGAGUCAGUGGCAUUUUUAUAGCUUUACUUCAAAACACUGAAACAGUGACCUGAAUGAUAAUUGAGUCUAAUAAAUACAGAGCAAAUGAGAGUAAAAAAAGUAAAUUCUUUACUCUUAAAAUAGGUAAAGUAAAUAUUGUUGACUGUCUAAUACUAUGUCUUAUGCUUUUCUUGAACAUGGUUUAGGCACCCAAACAAUUUUACUACAUUCUGUUUUAAGGCACACAUACUAAGGGGGUAAAAAGCACACUCAUAACCCAGGAGAAAAGAGAGACAUAGCAGAUAAGAGUUGCUGGCUCUGCUAAUCUGUGCCAGGGACCCAGGAUUACAAUUUUUGGAUCUCGAGUUGCUUUUAAACACUAAUCACAAGCCUUUAUAAAGCAUUUAUUAUCAGCAAGAAGGCCCCAUUCUAGAUGCUUUACAUAUAUUAAAUCUAUUUUAUCUUUAUAAUGACCCUAUGAGGUUGCCACUGUUACAGUGAGGAAAU